CGGGCAGCAGACGCCGGACCUCCGCUCCGUCGCCACCGCUGGGCGUUUUUCUGCCGCUGACGUCGUAGACACGCUCGCGCGCGCGCGCACGCGCACAUUCCCGUCGUUCGCCGUGUGUGUUGUUCGCCCGUCCGACGUACGCUCGUCCCCGCAGCUGCCGCCGACGCCGACCACAUUCGGCCGCAUUUCGGCUACGUCGCGAAACCGACGGCGAUUCCAUUGUCGCGACCCCACCGUGUCCGCUCGUCGGUUUCGCCGUUAUGGUCAUUUCCCGUCGGCCGACCUCGAGUCGCUGUUGACGACGCCGCCGCCGCCGCCGCAGCUGCUUUCGUCCCGUUGUCCGGUGUCCAGUCCGGUCCGUACGGAUACACGCGUACGAUACACGGUAAACUUCGGGCGAGUCCACGCCGUCGAUCGUGUCAAUUCAGGUAUUGCACCCGGUUAUUAUUACGAUGUUAUUUGUCAGCGUUGUCGGCCCGCGCGGCACACACAGGUGGACGCGGGCGAGCGCAAGGCGGACGGGUGUCGUAGGCGAUAAUAACGAUCGGUGCGGCGGUAAAAUGUGUCGUGUUAUCAGCGCGGCCGCACCGGAGUUGUCCACGGGUUCGGUCGGUACCUGUGCGGCGACGUUCGAACGCGUAGGUCUUUGCACGUAGGCCAGCAAACACGGGGGGGCGCCUACGAGGCCUGCCUAUCGAUUGCGCGCGGCGGCCGAGAUGGUUUUGUGUUGCGUACGCGAAGUCCGGGCAGGCCCUACCCGGACGCGUACGAAUCGAAUAUUGCGAUUUCGGUUCGGUACGACACGGUCCGUUUUUCACUCGCCAUUCGUUGUGCGAUUGUCGCGCGGUACAUUUCGUUAUUGUUAAUAUCUGGCCAAUUGUCGUACCUGUGUACGUACGACUUCGGACGCGCAGGUACCCCGCGUGACAUUUUACGAUUACGUCCGUGAAUUCGUGCACCGUUUAUUGAUAUGACGGGUAUGCGGGUACUCGAUUGUUACCGUAAAAAAUUCCGAGUUAACAGGUUUAACUGGCGUGUCGUUAAUUCAAUUCGUAAUUGGUAGAUUUUAUGUGCCGUUGUUAUUGUACGGUUUGUUUUUGUUUUUUUUUUCUAAAUUGAAAUUAGCCACGAGUGCGGUUGAAAUAUUAUUACGUAUCUACCCGUUUCUCAAUAUGUUAUGGACGCCUAAUAAAUAUUAUUGCGCGUCCUUUUUGUAAACAUUCGAGUUGAGUGUUGAUUACAGUUUCAAACGUUUGUGAAUUAUUUUAUCAGCGUUUUUAUUAUUUUACUACAGUCUGUUAACUACUGUUGUUUGUAUAUUUGAACAGUUUAUUUUUGUUUUCGUUUCAUAUGUACCUUAUGUCUACAAACAGUGUUUUACAUUAAUAUUACAGAUAUUAGGUAUUGUAGGCAUUUUAAUAAUUUGGUAAUUAUUCCUAAUAGCGUUUGUAUUAAUUAUAUUAAAUUUAGAUAACGGUUUAAUAAUAAUUAACAGUUAGCAAGUCAUUAAAAAAUUUAAAGAUUAUGAUGUUAUGUUUAUUAUUUAUAUGUUAUUAAUUUUAUAAUGUACCUACAUAACUAUUUAUGUUUAACAACUGUUAUCUUGUUGAAACGUUUACUCCUAUAUUAGUGGGUCGUUAAAUAUCAAUUAAAAAUAACAAUAAUAAUAAUCAUAGUUCACCUAACAAUAAGCAUAUCUAAUUAAUAUCGUAGUAUAACUUUUCUGUGUCCAAUAUGCAAGUAGGUAAAACCAAUAUAAAUAAAUCAAUACUUAAGAAACGAUGAUAAUCUUUGGUUUUUCACGCAUCGCGGAAUAAGUAGGUGCCUAUUUUAAAUAUAAAAUAAUGUUACCUAUUUCAUUUUUGCCUAUUAAUUAUUGCUCGAACUAAUUUCGCACUUGAUUGAGCCGGAAUGUUUUCUUUUUUAUUUUCUGUUCAUUAUGAUAUUAAUUAGCUAUUACCAUUGCAACAAUUAUUAUUUUAAAGAGAAAUUUUAAUAAGGUACAUAAUAUUAUGGGUAUUAUUGUUAUGUAAUCAAUUGAUAAAAAAAUAAUAUGGCUAUCUAGUGUAAUAAGUGGGUAUGUUAAAAUUAAUGACAUGUAUCAAAGUAAUUAUUAAAAAUAGUUAUUUGUUACAAUAUUAAAGUCUUUAAAAGACUACAUUCUAAUGUUUAAAUUGCCCAUUUUUACCGAUAUUAAAUUUAUGUAAGCGGAUACGUAUUGAUCUCUAAUUGUAGAACUUAGUCAGCCGAUAAAAAAUCAUUUUUACAAGAGUUAUUUUUUUCCCGGUUUUCUUUCUUGGAAAACUAUUAGUACAUUAUCUACCUAUUUAUUAUUAAUAUAAUGAAUGUUGAUAAAUAUUAUGAUAAUAUCAAUUGGGUAUAAUACCUACAUAUCUUUUUGUUUUAUCUAAUAAAUUUUAAUUAUUUUAAUUCUCAGAUCAUGCGUUGUCGAUAUCAAUGUAUAUAAUUUCCGAUUGUAUAAGUUGAAAUAUCUUGAACGUACUACUAUAGCACUCUUUAAGACUAUUCAGUUAUGUUGGAAGCUAGAUUGUUAGCAGCCGAUCGUGAAUCAGCUACGUGGCAAGGUAAACCAACAGCUAAUAAUAUUCGUCCUCCACUUCACGCACACCACCAUCAUAUGUCCGCAAUGAGACCAGGUAUUCAUAGACAUACAUCAAUUAAAUUACAAAUAAAGUUUUUUUUAAAUUAUUCUUAUUUUUUUAUGUAGUUAAUAAAUCCAACCAAGAAGACAACUGUUAUGUUGUGGCAAAAUACGACUACGUUGCUCAAAGUGGUCAAGAACUAGAUUUAAGAAAAAAUGAUCGAUAUCUAUUAUUGGACGAUUCCAAACAUUGGUGGAGAGUUCAAAAUACUCGUGGUUUCUCAGGUUACGUGCCGAGCAAUUAUGUAAAGAAAGAAAAACCUUCUCUUUUUGACAGGUUAAAAAUUAUAAUUUUCUAGUUUAAUAAUUUUUAUUUUUAUUAAUAUAAAUAGUAGUUAUAAAUGUUUGAUCGGUUUUAUUUUAGUAUUAAAAAGAAAGUGAAAAAAAGCAGUAGUAACUCGUCUAGUGGAAAUGCGGGUAGUAAAACAUUACCUUGUGGUGGACACAAUAAUAGUCGUAGUGUAAGUGAAUCUCCGACAAUGGCUAGACGUUUACCGGCUGAUCCAUCUGAAGCAAUUGGAACAGCUCUAGUAAAAUAUAACUAUCAAGCUCAACAACUAGAUGAACUAUCUUUAAUAAAAGGAACUAGAAUAUUAAUUCUUGAAAAGAGCAAUGAUGGGUAUUAAUUUUAUUCCUUUCUUAUAUUUGCUUCACUUAAAGCAAACUGUAUUUUAAAAAUAUACUAAUAAAAACAGAUGGUGGAGAGGACAAAGUGGUUGUCAAGCCGGAUGGUUUCCGAGCAAUUACACUACUCAAGAAGAUGAUAACAAUGGAGAUGAUAUGGGUCUCCAUACAUAUGCAAUGGCCGAAAAUGUUCUGGACAUAGUUGUUGCAUUAUAUCCAUUUACUGGUACAUCUGAUCAGGAAUUGAGUUUUGAAAAAGGAGAUCGUUUGGAAAUUUUAGAAAGACCAGUUACUGAUCCAGAAUGGUACAGAGCAAGAAACGGGCAAGGUCAAAUUGGUUUAGUACCAAAAAAUUAUUUACAGGUGAAAUAAUUUUCCAAAUCUAAAUUCCUUGGAAUAGAAAAUAAUAAAAAUAUAAUUAAUUAAUAUAUUAUUGUACCUAACAAUCAUUGUACAAACAUGUUAUUUUAUAGGAACUCAGUGAAUAUUUAGCUCAACCUAUAACUCAAGCUGUAAGUAGUGUUCAAGUAAUCGACAAACCUCAUUUAGUAGGAAAACCAUGGUAUUAUGGAACCAUAACUAGAGCUCAAUGUGAUACGGUAUUAAACAAAAGUGGCCAAGAUGGCGAUUUCUUAGUUAGAGACAGCGAGACUAAUGUAAAUAUUUUAAAUUUAUUAUUAAAAAUAAAUUACAUAAACUAACAAUAUAAUAAUAUAAUAAUUUAUAUUUUAUAAAUAGGUAGGAGAUUACUCAGUUUCAUUAAAGGCCCCAGGCAGGAACAAACAUUUUAGGGUUCAUGUGGAGGGAGCCCUUUAUUGCAUUGGUCAACGCAAAUUUCACACAUUAGAUCAACUUGUCGAUCAUUACCAAAGAGCUCCAAUUUACACCAAUAAGCAAGGAGAAAAAUUAUUUCUCAUCAGAGCUUUACCUCGAACAAAUGCAUAAUGAUUUGCAUUGGUAAGUUUUUUUAAUCACAGAAAAAAAAUAUUUUACUUUAAAAAAAUUAUAUUGUCUACUUUGAAAUAAUGAUAGCUACUGUAUAAAUUAUUUAAUCAAUUAUUUUGGUGGAAUGUAAAAUUUAUAUUCUGAAGUUAAUUGUACAUUAAUUAUAUCCAUUAGUUAAAUUAUCAUCUUAAUUGUUGUAGUCAUGUUUAAACUUGCUUAUUACUGACCUUUAAGUUAAAUACAGUUAUAAAAAAAAACCUAACUGGGUUUAUAUUCAAAAAUUAAAAGUGAAAUUAAAUAAUUAAAUAUUUUAGACAUAUAUUAUUGUUAUUUUACAUAAUAUUAUAAUUAAAUUUAUUAAAUGACAACUUAAAUGUUUUAAAAUUGAAAUACCAUAUUGCUCGAUGUUUAUUUAUUAGUUAAUAUUUUUAUUUUGUUUUCAGGCUAAACAAAUUAAUAUGAAUUAUCAUUUUAUCAAGAAAAUAAUUGCUGUACAAAAGUAAUUACAUUAUUAAUAUACUGAAAUUAAGAUAUUCCCCCAAGUAUAUUUAAACUUAAUUAAGAACAUUCAAUAUAGACUAGUCAUUUAAAAGUUUGCCCAAAUCAUUUAUAGAAUUGUUAUAUAUAUUUUUUUGUCUUUAAUUAUUAAUUAGCAUAAUUUGUAUUUAUUUUUUUUCUAUAGUUAUUUUUUGUGUUUCUUAAAAUUAAUUUGAAACCAUUAACAUUCUCACUGAUAAAUGCCAACAUUAAAUUCAAAAAAUUAAUAUUUAUAAUAUGGCUACUGUAUGAUCGUUAUAAUAAUAUAAAUUAAUUAUAUUAACUAAAAUAACAAAAACUAUUACUUCCUCAAAUUUCAUUUAUAUAAUCUGCUGUGAAAAUGUGAUAAUGAUUUUUAUUACUAUUUUGUAUAUUAACUUUUAUAAAUUAAUAAUACUAUGCACUAUCAUAUAUUACAAAUGUAAUCAUAAUAUAUUAUUUUAAUUUAUAUCAUAAAUUAGUAAAGAUUUAAAGUAUUGCAUUCUUAAAAUUUAGGUCAAUUUUUUUUUCUUUUUUACUCAUUAUUAUUUUAAUAAUUUUUUAUAAUAUAAUGCAAAAUUAUUACUUAAUAUUUUAAAGAGUGAAGAACCUUCUAUAAAACUAUUACUACUAGUCAUAAUUAUAUUCAAAUUAUGUAAUUAUAUGGUUUUAAACAAUUAAAGUUUGAAUAAUACCAUAUUGAAUAUUGUGUUAACACAGUAACAUUGUUACUUAUUAUACAGAUCUCAUCUCGUGUUAAUAUGCAUUGAUAUUCAAGUUCUGAAUGAAUUUGUUCAUUCAUAACUAAACCAACAAAUUAAAAAAAAAACAACCUUUAUCUUUAUGUACAUUAUUUUUUUUUUUUUUUUAAUAGUAUUUAAACUUUCAAUAAUGUAUAACUAUGCUCUCUUUAAAUGAGCGGUGAUUUUUUUUUCCUUUUUGUUUUUUUCUACUUGCCUUCUAAGCAAAUAAUAGUGUUAAUUAAUUACACUAUAUGUAUCUAUUUUAUUGUUAUAAUUUUAAAUCAAAUUAAUGUUAUAAUAAUGAUCAAUUUUUAUUUAUACAGUUUUUUUUUAGAUUAUCCUUUUUUAAUAAGCUAUAACUAUUUAGAUAUUAUGUUUGUGUGUGUAAUAUGACUGCAUGUAUAUAUUAUAUUUAGUCUAUGGCUUUGAUAAGAAUUUUGCAAAGAUUGCAUAUUUUUUUAAUUGUGUUUUAAAAGAAUUAUCUUAAAUCAAUUAGAGUUAGUUUUUUUUUUUUUUAUGUUUUUAUUCAUUUUUCAAGAGAUUUUGAUGUGUAUAUUAUUAUAAAAGUGUUUCUUAUUUUAUCUUAUAUAUACAUAAUUUGUAUAAUUUUUUUUCCCUUAAGAGAUGUAAAUAAUAAAAUGUACUCAGGUAUACAUAAUUUUUAAUAUUUUUGAAUUGUUAAGACUUUUAAAUUAUAAUUUUCCUUAUUAUUAUCAGUGGAGUGCAAAUGGGAUUAUCAAGUAAUGCAACUACAUAUUGUGCUUUUAGGGGGAGUGGGUGUCGAUUACUGGUGUAUUAAUGCCACAGAAAAACUUAAAAGGAAAAAUAGGGUGGAUUUACAGCAUUGUACUCAAAAAAUUCCUCAACACAACCAGUGAUGUUGAAAAUUUGAAAAGUAGUUCAUUGUAAAUUGUACUAAGUGGUAAAAAAAAAAAUGAACUGAAAUAUUUUUUUUUUUUAUUAAAAUUAAAAUCAAAUGAUGAAAAUCGUACAUAUUAAAUUAGUUAUUAUUAGUUUUCCUAAUAAUUACGAAAAAUCAUUUAAAAUAUGGUAAAGUGUAC